CAGCACCGCUGCACACAGAGCUGCAGUGUGUUGAAUAUCGCACACACUAAACAUCUUCUAGGACGGGGAACUGUUUAAAUAUUUUGAGAUGAUAUAUAACACCUGUUCUACUUAUUGGUACAGUCACCUUAUUACCAGAUCAGCAAUAUUCCAAUAAAUGAAAUUCUCUGAGGGCUUUUGACAUCUGAAAUUCUACAAUCAUCAUGAAAAUGUUGCUGCAUCUUUGUUUCCUACUUCUGCCUCUGGUGACUGCUACACAUUUAGAAUGUAUAAUCAAAAGAGAGAAGGAACAGUGCCUCGAGAAGAUUAGACGGGAGAAAUCCACAAAUGACUUCAGUUUAGGGUGUCCGACAGAAUGGGACAAUAUUACUUGCUGGAAGCAUACUACUAUUGGGGAAGUUGCCAGUGUUCACUGUCCAGGGUUUUUCCGAAUAAUAAGUUCAGAGGAUGACCUGGGUAUCAUUAGCCGAAAUUGUACUGAAGAUGGCUGGUCAGAGCCUUUUCCACAUUACUAUGAUGCCUGUGGUAUAAACGACAGUGAAAAUGAAACAAACAGCCAGGACUUGUAUUAUGUGUCAGUGAAAGCACUAUACACGGUUGGAUACAGUACCUCACUUGUUUCUCUGACGACAGCUAUGGUGAUUCUCUGUCGCUUCAGAAAACUACAUUGUACCAGGAACUUCAUCCACAUGAACCUUUUUGUAUCAUUUAUUUUAAGAGCAAUAUCAGUUUUUAUUAAGGAUGGAGUUCUUUACGCUGAAGAAGAUGCUAAACACUGUUUUGUUUCAACGGUUGAAUGCAAAGCUGUCAUGGUGUUUUUCCACUAUUGUGUUAUGUCAAACUACUUUUGGCUGUUUAUUGAAGGCCUGUACCUCUUUACUCUGUUGGUGGAGACCUUCUUUCCUGAAAGAAGAUACUUUUAUUGGUAUACCAUCAUUGGCUGGGGGACCCCCACAGUUUGUGUGACCAUAUGGGCUGUACUAAGAUUGCACUUUGAUGACACAGGAUGCUGGGAUAUAAACUACAACAAUACCCUGUGGUGGGUGAUCAAAGGACCUGUUGUGGCCUCAAUUAUGAUAAACUUUGUUCUUUUUAUUGGAAUUAUAAUUAUCCUUGUGCAAAAACUCCAGUCACCUGAUAUUGGAGGCAAUGAAUCCAGCAUUUACUUGAGAUUGGCUCGAUCAACUCUGUUGCUCAUCCCACUCUUUGGAAUUCACUACACUGUAUUUGCCUUUUCCCCAGAAGAUUUCAGUCAGAGGGAGAGGCUUGUGUUUGAACUGGGACUUGGAUCAUUUCAGGGAUUUGUAGUGGCUGUCCUGUACUGUUUUCUAAAUGGGGAGUUUCUCCCUAAAGGUGCAGUCAGAAAUAAAGAGGAAAUGGAGGAGCUGGAAAGUAAACCGGUACUUUGCUGUGGAUUUCAAACAUCGUCAUCCGUCAUUGGCGAGCAGCGGAGUGAACGGGGGGACCCAAUUGUCCAUUCUGAGCAAGAGCAGCUCUCAGAUUCGGAUGUCGAGCGUAAAUGCAGAGAACUUGGCAACAUGAAAUGUUAACCAGUUUCGCUGAGUGUGAAUUUCUGAAGAAAGAGCAGGCAGCACCAUGUGCCUGGUGCCUUAGAGAAAUUUAUAUACUAAUAUAUAUAUGAAUCAUCUUUAAAAGCAAAGAAUAGGUAUUCCUUGUACAUAUCAUAAUGGUGGAAGAUUUCAUUUUCUAAAAAAAACAAAAAAGUGUACCGAAGUCAUAACAUUUAUUUAAUUCAAGAUGAUUUAAACGGUCUCAGAAGGUGUUUAUGUUGUGUGCCACAAACUAAGCUAUAAAAUGUGACCUUGUUGGAUUUACAAUUUAUGCUUUAUGAAAGGGAAAAUACAUUCUGAAAAAUGUGUUGGAACACAUUUUGCCUCUUUGAUGUUUACAGUGUAUGAAAUGAGUUCAGUAUAAAUAAUCUGUCAAUCAUCCAUGCAGCAGGUAAUGAUUACAGAAUUCUUUUUUCAUUGUAUAUUUUAACUGCUUUUUAUAGAUGGUCUUUUGUUUAACAACGAAAAAAAAAAUGACUGCCUUUACAAUUCUUGAUUAACCAGGAGAGCCGACCCACUUUACGUAAUUGUGGUGAAAAGUAACAACUGGAAGCAGCGGAUUGAGUACUUACUGUAUGUGAGAGUAUUUGUGGCAAACCGAAGCCCGACCUCUUUAGAGGAGUCCUCCUGCUGGCCUCUUUACCUUGCACAAUCAUUCGAGGAGGUUGCAAAGUUCCUAACAUCUGAAAAUGUUACAGUUCUGAGCUAUCUGAUUAAAAGUGGAGCACCCCACAACUGCUGUUUCCAGAGAAGUUAGCAAACAUAUCGCCAGGCAUUUCUCUUGAAGUGAAAACAGUGUAUAUGUGGUGUUUGGGGUCCCUAAAACAUUAGAAUUAUUUUAACACUUUUGGAUUAUGCUCUGUAGAGUCAUCAUUUUAAAUCAGUUUUGCACUAGAUUUGACUAGCUGCAGUUUUGGAUUAAAUGUGACCUCACCACCUUUACCCUGGUUAAUCAACAGUUGAAUAUAUAAAUGUAUAUAAAGUGUUCUCCGGAAAUGAACAAAUACUGUUUGUAAAACAUGUGCCAUACUGUAUUAUAUAAGAGCAUUUAACACAUCUUACUGCAUUUACUUAGAAAAACCAGCAUUCCUUCAUACAUGUUACAUAGGUGGCCUUCAUUUCAUGCUAUGUCUUAAAGACAGACUGGUUCAACCUCCUGAUCUCAUCAAAUGACAAAAGAUGAUAUUAUCUUUAUCUUUGCCAAUCUAUUAAAAGUCAUGUACUGUACAGUAUAAGUAAAGGUUGUUGUCUACAAUGCUCUGCAAAACAAUGAGAAAAAAAAAUAUUCUGCGGUCAUGUAAAGGCGUUGAUGGUAAAAACAAACAAAAUAAAAAAAAAAAAACAGUCUAUAAGAUAAGUAUCUUUACCAAAAACUAUUCUCAUGAAUCUGAAUCAUGAGAUGAUGUAUAUACUGUAUAUACCUGUGUGUUAGACAGAGAUCUCAGUGUUUUCUUGUAAUGUAUUCUGUAGUAAUCUUGAGUUCAAAACUGCUACUGGAGUCCAAUCUGUAGAAUUUUUUUUAUAUAGAAAUGUUUCUUACAAUGUUGUUUGUCAUUUCAAUAGUGGUUAGGCCAGAAUUGCCAUACGGCGAUAUAUCUGCUCAAUACUAAUGAAAGGAAAAGGGCGUUCAUUCAAUGAAGACAAUUAAGCCAGUAUGGUUCAUAAAUUGUAGAUGUUAAAAUGGAGCUGAACAUAAAGAAGGGAAAGGCUUAUUUAGGUACUGCUGAACAAAUACUAUUAAAUUAAUAUGCUGCCUUAUGGCAUCUAUGUGUAGGUAGAGUAUAAUUUAUAGGUGAUGGAGAUGCCAUGCAGGUAUUGUUGCUCAUAUUUGUAUUUAGAUUUUUUUUAACAAUAGUCCAAAGGAUAGUAUUGCAUUCUGCUGUGUUUUUAACAACACUUUUAGAGUCAAAACACAACAUAACAUGAAACCAAUUUGCACAAUGCUGAUAGUAAGUUUGAUUUGCUUUCUUCUUAAUUCAAUGAUUUGUUUUAAUUUCUUAUCUUCACCGCUUGCUCCCAAAGUGCCUUUGGUAGAAAUAACACUUAAAAAAAAUGUUCAUCAGUGUUAUUCAGGCAGGUGUUCAAAUAAUAUUUAGAGAAGACAACUAAUAUUAAAUGUUGUACUUGGGAAAUAAGUAUCUUUUAUUAUGCUAUAACAAUGUAAUUGACCAAAAUUGACGCAAUUCAACUCAUUUCGCCUUAUGGAUUAGCUUAGAUCUAGUUUUUGGAUGAAAACAAUAAAUUAAGCAAGUACUUAAAACUGUAUAACUGUUAACAGGUGAUACAAAAUUUUUUAUACUUUUGCAGUUAAUGGAUGUUGCAAACAUUUUGUACAUUUAUUACAUGAAGAUUAUUGUUUAUUUGAAGGAAAAAAAUGUAUGCACAGAUGGGAAAGAAUUACUUUAAAUUAUACCAAUGACAUUGUCUGAAUUUUAUAAUGUGUAUUGUAUAUCUAAAUAAUCAAUUAUAUCCCAUUAUAUACGACCUUUCUUCAUUGUGUGGGGAAACCACAGCACUACCAAUGGUAACACAGAUGUGUGCAGAGAAGCAUGGCGUUUUUUUACGUUUUAUUGUACAUGCAACACUGCUUAGAAACAAAUUUAGUUUGGUUCUUCUUAAAUGCAUAAAAUAAGUUUUAUUACAAGGAGUAUAUAUUUUUUACAUUCCACUCAGUCACUAUUUUACAAACACAUCCAUUAAAAAAAACAAUUACCAAACAUUUGACGCAAGUUUUAUCUUUGUGACAUGCAAGAUGAACAUAGGUUAAUCUUAGUAGUAUAUUAUUAAACUUAAAUUAAACAUUUUGCACCUCUAAAUGGAAACACAUUACUGAGGUGGCACAUAAGUCAGUCUGUCUACUCUCACUCCCUGUCUUGCUUGGCAGAUUUAUAAGAUAUCAUGAGGUCAGCUAAAGAUCACAUAUAAAUAUCUGUGUUUUAGUAUGUAGCACUAUCGGAAUGGAGUGAUUUUAUAGAAACGUUUUGUACAGUUUUGUUUGAGUGGAUAAUAAAUAAAGCUACCUUACCCUACAUAUAGUAUAGGCAUAUAUAAAUGUGCAUGUACUGUAGAUUGUAUUUGUUUCUGUAUGGACUCCUCUGACUUAGUUUAUAAAAGACUUAAUACAAAGUAUCUAUUUUUAAAAAAUCUUAUUUAAUUUUUACAUUUUUCAAUGAAAAUCAGUUCUUGUUUUUUUGAGUAAAAUAUUAGUAAUGCGGUGAUGCACUGACUUCCAAAGUUUCCCUGUGUGAAAUUGUAGUAGUAGGAGUAGUAGUAGUAGUAUCACCACAUGCAUAGAAUGCAGUACAAUUCUAACUAGCAUGUCCAGUCAACAUGUAAGGGGUGAUAUUUGUGUGAAUGUCCUCUGCAACAGUCUGGAAUCUCUGCUUGUGUUGGUUCCUGACUUCACUUUCAAUUGCCAGAACACCUCCCAAAAUUCUAAAUAAAAUUAAGCUGGUUUCAAUAUGCUGUGUCAUGAAUUAAAAGUUAUCUUCAACAGCAUAUAGUGUAGUGCAUUCACAUCACUUGCUGUAAUCUUGAUUUAGAAAGUAAAGAAUCUAUUUUAGGUUUCAGUACUUUAUUUUAAAACAUAACUAUGUAAAAAUAAUCUUUUAUAUAUGCAAUUGUGUAUAUAAUAUGCAAUGCAAUAUUUCAUUUUACAUUCAGCUUCAGCACCAACCUAAUACAUUCCAGAGAUCUUAGAUAAAAACAUAAGAAAUCUGACAAAUGACAGGAGACUAUUCAGUUCAUCUGGUUUGUUUGUUUAGCUCCUAGCUAAGGUGUCCCAUAAUUUCAUUCAGAGGUUUCUGCUUCAACUACACGACUUGGUAGUUUGUUCAAAAUU